AUGGAGGCCAGGAUGGACUUCCAAGAGUCUGAGCGCCCUCCGAGGCAGGCGGUUGUUCAGCAGAGACUGGACAGUAAACCUCAUAUGACAGAUUUUAUCGUGAAGUCCACCAUCUUUUCUCGCUAUGCCUUCACAGCCGUUUCCUGCACCAUGGUGAAUCGGGCAUUCAGAACCAAGGAGGCUGUUUUCCAGAUGCAAUUUCCAGCCUCGGCCUUCAUUUCCAACUUUACAAUGAUCAUUGGCAAAAAAGUACAUCAGAGUGAGGUUUCAGGAAGAGCAAAGACAUCCAAAGAGAAACAGAAAGACGACUCUGGGCAAAAUACAGACAGUGAGGUGGAAAUGUUCACCGUGACUGCAAAUUUGCCUCCAAGGACCAAGGGAUUGUUCCUUCUGACCUAUGAGGAACUACUGGAGAGGCGUCUGGGAAAAUACACACAUGUAAUCAGUGUCAGACCCAAGCAUAUCGUUCCGAAGCUCUUGGUGGAGGUCCAUUUGACAGAGCAUUCUGGGAUCACUUUCCUGGAGGUCGCGCCCUUAAGGAAGAGCAAGCAGACCAAUCACACUGCUGCAGGUCCACCUCCACCAUCUACUAAGAUCAACCGAACCAGGACAUUAGCCCACAUUAAGUUUGCUCCAACUGUUAGACAGCAAGUUGGAAUUGCUGAGAAUGGUGUUCUGGGUGACUUCAUUCUGAGAUACGAUGUUAACAGAGAAUUGGGAGCUGGCGAAAUUCAGGUUCAAAAUGGGUAUUUUGUUCAUUACUUUGCACCUAAGGAUCUUCCUCCUGUGCCAAAGAAUGUGGUGUUUGUAAUAGACACAAGUGGAUCAAUGGCUGGAAACAAAAUAAAACAGACUAAAGAUGCCCUUUUCACUAUCCUCAAAGACCUUCGACCCACUGACCACUUUAACAUCAUCAACUUCUCUGAGCGUGUCAAGGUGUGGAAACACGGAAACCUUGUCCCUGUCACCCGAGAGACUCUACUGGAUGCCAGGAAGUACAUAUACCUGAUGUCACCUUCAGGAGGUACCAAUAUAAAUGAUGCCAUUGAGACUGGAUCAAAGUUGUUGAAGGAUUACAUCGCCCAGCAAGAUAAGACUGUCCGGACGGUUUCUUUGAUCAUUUUCUUGACCGAUGGGCGUCCAACCAUCUCUGAGGUUCAGCCUCAGAAGAUCUUGAGCAAUACGAGAAAAGCCAUCGAGAAGCAGUUCUGCCUCUUCAGUUUGGGGAUAGGGAGGGACGUGGAUUACAGGCUCCUCGAACGAAUGUCGCUGGAAAACUGUGGCGUGAUGCGUAGGAUCAAUGAAGACUUGGACGCUGGCACUCAACUGAAAGGAUUCUUCGAUGAAAUUGGGACUCCACUCCUCUCGGACAUCCGUGUGGAUUAUUCUGAAGACGCGGUGGAGUACGUGACGCAAAACUUCUUCACAAACUACUUCAAUGGGUCAGAGCUCGUGAUUGCAGGCAAGCUGGCAAAUGACACGGCUGAUAACCUGCAUAUCGAAGUUACAGCGAGGACAAGCGACAAACAGCUCAGGUUGGAGACGGACGUACCCAUUGAUGAGAGCAGGAAAAGUCCGAGCAGUGCCAAGGGGAAAUCGAGCAACGGUGACUUAAUCCAGAGGGCAUGGGGCUUCCUCACCAUAAAAGAACUGCUGAGGUCCCGGCUAAAGAGUGACAACAACGGAAUGAAGGAAGUUCUUUCAGGGAAAGCAAGAAAUCUAUCAUUGGAAUACAAUUUUCUCACUCCCCUCACAUCGCUGAGUGUGAAGGGAACAGAUGAACAGACCAGCCCAAACAAAGAGAAGGAAAUGCGUGUACCUGAGGUGAACAAUGAGAGAGUGCAGAGUUUACGCAGAAUAAAUAAACCAGACACCACCUCCUUCAGAAAGAAAAAGAAAACAGUGGUGGUUUCAAAAACGUCAGCUGACGGGGACCCUCAUUUUAUUGCUGAUUUCCCCUUGAGCCAAUUGUCGGUGUGCUUUAACAUAGAUGGUCAGGCAGGAGAUGUACUCAGACUGGUGUCUGAUCAUGAGAACUCAGGUGUGACCGUCAAUGGGCAGCUAAUUGGAGCUCCAGCACCUCCCAGUGGUCAUAAGAAACAACGCACCUACUUCAGCACUAUCACUGUCAUUGUCAGUAAACCUUCCCGGUCCUAUAUUGAAAUCACACCUCACAAGGUCAUCUUUGACAGUCGAGACAGGUUUAUCCUAUCGUGUGAUAGAACGAUUGAGGUGGAGAGCGACGGCUUGGUGGUAUCCGUGACUGCCAAGUCCAACAUUACUGUGACAAUAAAGGAUUGUAUCUCCUUUGUAAUCCUGGUUCAUCAGUAUAAAAAUCCUGCUCCAUAUCAAAGGGAUCACCUUGGAUUCUACAUUCUCAAUAGCAAAGGACUUUCGCUCAGUGUCCAUGGUCUCUUGGGCCAGUUCUUAUACAGCCGUGUCCAAAUCACAAAUGCAACCAGAUCUGCAAGUUGGCAAAAUCAGGCCUUAACCUGGACUGCAGGAAGAGAGGAGAACACAGGACUGGCAGUCUCGCUGAGCAUCAAAGAUCGACUGGUUCCGGUGGUGAGAAAACAGCGAUGGAUUUACAAUGGGCAACACCGUGUUGACUGUUGGUUUGCAAAGAGCAAUGCUGCCCAUUUGAUUGACGGAUCAUACAGAGAUUAUCUUGUGUCACAUCUCUUUGACACAACUACAAGCAAAGCAAAUCAACUCUAA